AUGUCUGUCGAAAAAAAGACCAUCCCACUCUACUCCACCAACUAUUUCUUAGCUUGUACUUUUGCUGGUGUUCUUGCUUGCGGUCCCACUCAUUCUUUGGUAACUCCAUUGGAUUUGGUCAAAUGUCGUAACCAAGUAAAACCUGGACUUUAUCCUAACGUGUUUCAAGGCUGGAAGACAAUUGCUAAGGCUGAAGGCUUUCGUGGCAUCUUUACCGGUAUAGGACCUACUGCUAUCGGGUACUCUUUGCAAGGUGCAGGAAAAUACGGUCUUUACGAAGUGUUCAAAUACAAGUAUAGCAACAUUGUUGGCGAAAAGAAUGCCCAUAACUACCGAACAUUGGUGUACUUGUCUGCCUCUGCUUCUGCCGAAUUCUUUGCUGAUAUCCUCUUGUGUCCUAUGGAAGCAUUGAAGGUCAAGAUGCAAACAUCGAUGCCUCCGUUUGCCAAAACUACAAGCGAAGGUUUCAAGAAGAUCAUGGCCCAUGAAGGCAUCCACGGCUUUUAUAAGGGUCUCGUUCCCCUCUGGUGCCGUCAAGUCCCUUACACCAUGGUCAAAUUUGCCUCAUUUGAAAAGACAGUUGAACUGCUUUACAAGACAUUCAUGACAAAGCCUAAAUCAGAAUACAGCAAGACGCAACAACUGGGUGUUAGUUUUGCUGGUGGUUACAUUGCUGGUGUCUUUUGUGCUAUUGUAUCCCAUCCUGCUGAUGUAUUGGUAUCCAAAUUGAACAACUUGCCUGAGGUUGCACCUGGCGAGAAGCAAGCGGGUGCCUUGGACGUUGUAAAGAAGUUGGGUAUGCGUGGUCUUUGGACUGGUCUUGGACCUCGUAUCUUUAUGAUUGGUACUCUUACCUCACUUCAAUGGGCCAUCUUUGAUUCUAUAAAGGUGGCCUUUGGUCUUCCUACUACUGGUAGCACAGACGACGAUUAA